GAAGGCCUCUGCUACCUUUGCUUUGAGUUUCAGGCCUUGCUGGGGCCAUGGCCCAGAAGGAUGGGCAAGGAGAGAGGAGUUGCUCUCAUGGGCCUUGGUAGGGAAACUUGGAGUUGCUGUGGUCAAGACUGGAGCCAUGAGGCGGCCUCCCGAGAAUGGAGAGGCGGCCAGCGAGGAGGGUAUAGGCAGCUGGGGCCUAUGUGGCCAACAGGAGACAAGGAGGCUGGGCUGUGCAGGUCCCGACCGCUGCGGGCAGGCUUUGCUGCAGAUCGGGUUCAACAUGAUGGCGCUGCCUGGAGGCCGCCAGGUGGACUCCAUCGCCCUCCCGGGUCAGCGGCUGCACCUGAUGCAGGUGGACUCGGUCCAGCGCUGGAUGGAGGACCUGAAGCUCAUGACCGAGUGCGAGUGCAUGUGUGUCCUGCAGGCGAAGCCCAUCAGCCUGGAGGAGGAUGCACAAGGUGACCUCAUCCUGGCGGGCGGCCCAGGCCCUGGAGACCCCCUGCAGCUGCUGCUCAAGCGGGGCUGGGUCAUCAGCACCGAGCUGCGCAGGAUCGGGCAGAAGCUGGCCCAGGACCGCUGGGCGCGCGUCCACAGCAUGAGCGUGCGUCUGACCUGCCACGCCCGCUCCAUGGUCAGCGAGUACAGUGCGGUCAGCAGGAGCUCUUCGCAGGAGAUGGGCCAGGUUGAGAAGCUGCUAAUGGAGAAAUGCUCAGAGCUCUCAGCAGUCACAGAGAGGUGCCUCCAGGUUGAGAAUGAGCAUGUCCUGAAGUCAAUGAAGGCCUGUGUGAGCGAGACCCUGAGCACGCUGGGCCAGCACUUUGGCCAGCUGCUGGAGCUGGCCCUGACCCGGGAGGUGCAGACCACCGACGGGAACUCCAGCACACGAGAGACAGGGCUGUCAGGGCUGAGCAGCCUUCUCAAGCAGGAGGGUGGGGUCGUAGCCCUCUUCAAGGUCUGCCGGCAGGACAGUUUCCGGUGUUUGUACCCCCAGGCGCUCCGCACGCUGGCCUCCAUCUGCUGCGUAGAGGAGGGUGUCCACCAGCUGGAGAAG